AUGAGAUCGCUGGCCUCGACGAUCUGCGCGCUUCUGACCGGGACACCGCACGUUUCUGCCUUCUCACUGCCGUCGAUAUCUUCGGUGUAUAGGGCGAGCACCCACCACUUAGUAAAAAGAGCGGAUGGGCACAGCACGGCGAUACCUGCUGCGAUUGAGAUCGCGCCGAGUCAAUAUUGGGACGGAGAUGACGGACCUUGGUCAUCAUUCCCUCUACAAGUGGGCACCGCUGCUCAGAACAUUCGCGCCUUCAUCAGCACUGCAUCGUUUUCAGUCCUUACCGUGGGCGCGGAUGGAUGCCCUUCUUUCUAUCCCGGCGACUGUGCGAAUCAGCGCGGAUUUCUCUUCCUACCAAACAAGUCCCUGACAUGGGUCCCGAACAGCAUUUUCCAGAUCGGCGUUGGCGUCAAUCUCAACCAGGACACGACCGCCGACGCUGGCUUUGACACCGUCACUCUGGGAUGGCAAGGUGCUGGAGGGCCAUCUGUCGCGCAUUCGACGGUAUUCAAUCUUGCCGACCCCAAAUACUGGCUGGGCUCCUUUGGUCUAAAUCCUCGACCUGCCAACUUCACGACCUAUAAUGAUCCUCAGCCGUCAUAUAUGCAGCAGCUGGUCAACAACAACACGAUACCCUCACUGAGCUAUGGCUACACCGCAGGUAACCAGUAUCGUUUGAACCAAGUGUACGGCUCUCUUGUUCUCGGCGGCUACGAUGAGAAUCGUUUCGAUGCGACCAAGAACGUCUCUAUACCUUUGUAUUCCGAUCAGAGCCGAGACUUGCUUGUCAAUGUACAAUCUAUCACCUCUGGAACGACCAAUCUCUUACCUGGUGGUUCCAUCAGCAUGUUCAUCGACUCCACGACAGCGCAAAUAUGGCUUCCGGAGACCGCGUGCACUGCCUUUGAGCAAGCCUUCGGGCUGACGUAUGACAACACGUCGUCGCUGUACCUCGUUAACUCAAGCCUGCAUACGACGCUUCAGCAGUCGAACCCGAGCGUGACCUUCACGAUUGGUUCUGAGACAACUGGCGGCGAAACUGUCGACAUUGUUCUCCCUUACGGCGCUUUCGAUCUGCAGGCCACUUUCCCCUCUGUUCAGAAUCCAAACACUUCCUACUACUUUCCUUUGAAGAGGGCACAGAAUGAAACACAGUAUACGCUCGGUCGCACUUUCCUUCAAGAGGCCUACCUGAUCGCGGACUACGAUCGGCAGAAUUUCACGGUGGCUCCAUGCAUUUGGGACCAGGAUAAAGUGUCUUCAGCGAGUCUGAAGUCAAUACUUCGUACCAAUGAAACCUCGUCAGAUGGAGGUAGUGGCUCUUCGUCCAACACUGGAGCAAUUGCGGGCGGUGUAGUUGGUGGUGUACUGGGGGCAGCCGUGAUCGUUGGCGCCAUCUUGUACUUCCUGCGACGGAGAAAGCAAGGAGAAAGGAGGCGACUUGCAGAGCUCGAGGGCAAGGACGCUGCUGUUGGUGGAGCCGGCAAGCAUAGCGAUGACUCUGCUGCGAAGGGCAAGCCAUUCAUAUCGCAACCUAUGGGAGGUGAGCUCGGCGGCGGUGAUAUCCACGAGCUUAAUGCGCCAUACAAACAGCAGGCACAAGAGAUGGACAGCCCCUACAAAGUAGAUCCCAACAAGCAUGGCUAUUCGGAAAUGGAAGGAGGCGAGUAUUUUGGACCUUCAAAGGGGGCGCCUGCAGAGAUGCAUGGAAGCGCGCCCAUCUACGAGAUGGCAGGCUCGGAUGUUCACGAAAUGCCCGCGGGGGAGAGGCCGACAGAUGUGAAGCGAUGA